AUGACUCAAAUAAACAUUAAAGAAUUUGAUAUAUAUGCAGCUUUUCAAAAUGAGGGAUAUAUAUCGAGUAUAGACGUGCUAAACAAUAUAAUUGCUACAACAGAUACAAAAAAUAUUAUAAAAAUAUAUGAUAUAAAUGAAAAAAAAGAAAAGUUAACAUAUAAAAUUGAAGAUAUAGUUAUUAAUGAUAUUAAAUUAUUGAAAAGUUUUUUAGAAGGAAACGAAGAAACUUCCACAAAUUUUGAAAUUAAAGAAUGUUUAUUUAGCGCAUAUGAAAAUAGGAAAAAAAGUAAGAUAUAUCAUUUUGAUAUAUUAAACAAAAAAACAAUACACAUAUUUGAAUUUCCAAAUGAAAUUACUGAUAACAGUUUUGCAUUACAUCCUAAUACACAUAUAUUUAUAGUAUCAUUAAAAAGCAAAGAAUUGUUAAUAUAUCAUAUACAAAAUAAAUCAUUAUUAUUUAAUAUAAAAAUUCAAAAUGAACAUUGUAUAGCUAACUAUAAUAAAACAGGAAUUAUAUAUGCCUACACCCCUAAUAUAAAUAUGAUUUAUUUAUGUAGUUGUUUUGGAGAUGAUUAUAAUGAUGAAUAUUUUGCUAAUUUUGAUAUUUCAAAAAUAACAGACAAUAAAAAUAUAUGUACUCAUAUUGAUUUUUCUGUUGACGAAAAAAAAAUGCUUGUAGCUACCAAAUAUAAUAAUAUUUACACAUUGGAUGCAUAUACAGGAGAUUUAUUAUAUUCUUAUAAUUUUAAUUAUGAAAACAGUCCUAUAAAUUUGCCAUUUCACAUAUCAUACCCAAUUUACUCGUUUGAUUCGAAUUACGUACUAUCGGGCGGAAAAGAUGGGAACCUCCACAUAUGGGAUGUAAAUGGCGAUUUUAUAUGCAAGAAAGAAAUCGAAAAUAAUGUUUUGUUCAUUAAAUGGGUAUAUAACAGAGCCGCAUUUAUAACAACUAGCAACUAUUUAUUAAUAUGGCAAAUGCCAAGAAAAAAUUAA